AUGGCUAGAUUUUUUAUCUGUUUUCACUUUUGGCGCCAAACGCCUAAAAAAACGAUUACAAGGCAAACGUUGAUUGCAGCGUGUUUUAAGUUGUUUCAGCGUUUUAAUUUAACAAGUUCUAUCAAAAUGAAUCAAUUAAGUAAUGGCGUGUCUAAAUUAAGUAAUGGUUAUGGAAAUCACGAUGAAUAUCAAUACUUAAAUUUGGUGAAACAAAUUAUAGAUACAGGUGAUAAGCGCGUCGAUAGGACAGGUGUAGGCACUCUGUCUAUAUUUGGAGCAAUGCAAAGAUAUUCCUUGAAACAUAACGUACUGCCUCUACUUACCACCAAGCGUGUCUUCACUAGAGGAGUGAUUGAGGAACUACUUUGGAUGAUCUCUGGUUCUACAGACAGCAAAAAAUUAGCACAGAAGAAAGUUCAUAUUUGGGAUGCUAAUGGGUCCAAAGCUUUCCUUGAUAACUUAGGUUUUACAGAACGAGAAGAAGGCGAUCUUGGCCCUGUCUAUGGCUUUCAAUGGAGACACAGUGGUGCCAAUUACAUAGAUUGUAAAACUAAUUAUACUGGACAAGGAAUAGAUCAAUUGCAGAGUGUUAUAAAUACAAUAAAAAACAAACCAGCAGACAGAAGAAUAUUAAUGUGUUCCUGGAACCCAACAGAUCUUGAUAAAAUGGCAUUACCACCUUGCCAUUGUCUUGCUCAGUUUCAUGUUGCUAAUGGUAGACUCUCCUGUCUAUUGUAUCAAAGAAGUGCUGAUAUGGGACUUGGUGUACCUUUUAAUAUUGCCAGUUAUGCCAUAUUAACUCAUAUGAUAGCUCACAUAACUGGACUUGAGGCAGGAGAAUUUGUACAUACUACAGGUGAUACUCAUGUGUACCUCAAUCACAUAGAACCUCUUAAAAAACAAUUAGAAAGACACCCAAAGCCAUUUCCAACUUUAGAAUUUACCAGGAAAAUUGAAUCAAUAGAUGAUUUCAAAUAUGAAGAUUUUAUAAUUAAGGGUUAUGAACCACAUCCUAAGAUUGAAAUGGACAUGGCAGUAUGA